GCAACUUUGAUUGUACAUCCACUUAAAAAGAAUGCAUAUUUCGCUGAUAAACGUUGUUACUGCGGCUUGUUGGUGUUGAAAUUUAUUAAAAAAUAUAUCAGGAAUUGAAAACAAAAUUAAAUAUGACGAUUGGAAAAAAUAACAAAAUGAUACAACACCUCAACUACCGGGUGCGUAUUGUUCUUCAAGACUCGCGUACAUUUAUUGGAACUUUUAAAGCUUUCGACAAACACAUGAAUCUUAUUCUUGGUGAUUGUGAGGAGUUCAGAAAAAUUCGUUCUAAGAAUGCUAAAGUUCCUGAAAGAGAGGAGAAACGUGUGUUGGGCUUCGUUUUACUGCGAGGCGAAAAUAUUGUAUCGCUUACCGUUGAAGGACCACCACCACCAGAGGAAGGUUUGCCCCGCGUUCCGCUUCCGGGAGCUGCACCUGGUCCUGGAAUGGGUCGUGCUUCUGGUAGAGGUGUGCCUGUUAAUAUAUCAUCUGUUCCGGCAGGUCUACAAGGUCCUGUUCGAGGUGUUGGAGGACCUGCUCAGCAACAUAUGGCUCCUAUGGGUAGAGGUGUGCCGCGAGCACCAAUGAUGGGAGGACCACCACCCAGUAUGAUACCAGGCGGUAUACCGCCUAUGCCGGGAGCAAUGGGACGCGGCGCUCCACCACCAAUGCGUGGUCCUCCCCCUGGAAUGUUGAGAGGAGCACCUCCACCAAACAGAGGUGGUUAUUAAUAUAGAAAUGCAAAAUAACCAAUCUAUCCUAGUUUUUUAUAACAAUAAAUUAUGUAUGUACAUUUUAAAACAA